AUGACAGGAGAUGCUCACAUGCCCUUUGCGUUGAUUGGGGAAAGCGUGUCGAAACGACUUAAUAUCGAAGUGGGGUGUGAAAAACUGACCUGUGAUUGCCGGCGGUUGUCUCAAUCGCCUCCCCGCAGCUGCCGUCGGAAACAUCAUUGUGACGCCGGUGAAGAAGGGCAAGCCAGAGCUCCGCAAGAAUGUCAUGCAAGCAGCAGUGGUGAUCUUGAAGCAAAAGCCAUGCUGGAGGAAGGACGGACGGAUACCUCCUGUUUCAAAGACAAUGCCGGUGUUAUCGUCAACAACACGGUUGAGUUGAAGGGCCAUCACCGGGCCAGUUUCCAGGAAGGAGUGCGCGGAUUUGUGGCCGAAGAUCGCCUCAAACUCCGAGCAGCAUUGCGUGAACCCACCUGCGUCCACCCUUUUAAACUGGCUGUGACGCAAGAAUGCGACACGGUCACCGCCACGCCGACGACUAUGGGCGUGAACGGUUAUUCGAGUUCCCACACGUCACUCAACAAAACCGUGGAGAAAACGUUGAUAGAAGCUCAGCAAACCGGAUACCUGUGCCUCAGUUGUCGCAGUUUGCGAGAAUUCCCGGCGUCAGUUCAGUUCGACUUGAGUGACACGGUUACUGCCGAUCUAUCUAAGAACCGUCUUGGAACGGUGCCCGACGAAGUUUGCUGUUGGUCGUCGCUCCAAAAGUUGGACCUCUACUGCAACGUGAUCAAAAAUAUCCCAGAUUCUGUGAUUGCUCUCCGCUCCCUGACCUUCUUGAACAUCAGCCGGAACUACUUGUCGGUCCUCCCCGCCUCGCUCUGUCAACUCACUGAACUUCAGGUCCUGCUUGUGAGCCACAACAAGCUCGUCAGCCUGCCGGAAGAAAUCGGCCACAUGAAGUCCCUCAUGGAGCUGGACACGUCGUGCAAUCAACUGACGCAUCUCCCGCCGCACAUUGGACAUCUGAGAUCGCUCAAAGUUCUGAACAUGCGCCGGAAUCUGAUUGUGGAGCUUCCGGUGGAGCUGAGUUAUUUGGUGUUGACGCAACUGGACGUAAGCGGGAAUCGCAUUUCAGUCAUACCUCCGGAACUUCGUCUCGUGACUUCCUUGGUGACGUUGAGUAUAUCCGACAACCCCUUGACGUCGCCUCCUGCUCAAUUGUGCACGAGAGGCAAAGUGCACGUUUUCAAGUACCUGGAAAUGCUGGCGCAGAGAGAGGAGAAGAAGAAGGGCGUCAUCGCCAGGGAAGCUGCGGAGCCGGCAAAUCAUCCGGGUGUCCUGCCCAGGAGGGCCACUGUUCCUGCGAUGCUUCCUGCUCAUAAUAAUAGAUAUAGGCACAUGAACGGCGAUGACCGGACUUCGCCACCACCGCCUCCUCCGCCUCCGCGGAACCUGGACGUGAAGCCUUUCACCGUUGAGAACGGAGGCAGUUAUCCAUCAACACCGUCGACCAUCAGUCCCGGCGAUCCCAAUGGCACGGGUAGCUUGGGAGAGGAAAUUUCUAGGGAACUUUAUCGAAUGCAGCGCAUGCCUUCCAGUCCGCAAAGAACACAUUCGCCGCAGAAGAUCCCGCCUCCACUCCCGACUGCCCCGCCGCCAGUGGUAGUGAAGCGGUCCAACAGCAACGUGACGCAGAAAUUGGAAGUGUUGGAUGCCAACAGGAAUCCCGCGCCGGGUCCUCAGUCUGCAGUUCCGGCUCCGGGUCACAUUCAGACGUACAGGUACAAGGGUUGUCCCACUUUGGCUUGGCCUCGGGCUCGAGCCAGUCCGGUGAAGGCUGUUUUGAUGGACUCGGAAUUGCCGGCAACUGCAGUCUUGCCGGGUGUGGCCCAAACAGCCUACAGCCAGCCCACGUCGUCACUAGUGACGGCGUCUCCAACCGUGACGACGGGCAUCGCGACGGGUCCGACGAGCAAAACACUCCAUCCGCAUAAGAAGCACGGUUUGCAUCCUCCUGCGACGUCCUCCACGCCCAAGCUGAAGAACUCGAAUCCGAGUCUGCGCGGGUCCAACUCGAGCCUAGCGUCAGUCGCCUCCAGCACGUCGUCGUCGAUGAUCCCAAAGAGUGGUGCCAAGAAAAUUGCGCGACCGGGAGUGGGCGUCGGUGUCGGCGUCGUGGGCUCGUCCCACACGCUGGGGCGAAGGACUGGCUCGGGUUUUGGCAGCGUUCGCUCGGCCUCCAGUCUCAUGACCAACUCGAAAACCAGCGGCUCUGCCACCUCUGCUGCAACGAGUGGUCAUCAUCACCCGCCGGGCACACCGAAGAUGCGCGUCGUGAAUUCCACCUCUACCCUGGACCGGGUCAAGAGGUCUGGCCUGGCCUUGGUCCCCAGUGGCACUUCGGGCUCGGGUGCGUCGCUCAACCACCCGAAUGCGACCAUGAAGCGGGAAUGGGAGAAGGUGAAGGCGGAGAAGGAACGCCUCGCCGACAUGAAAAAGAAUAUUGAGACGAGGCUGAAGAUCACGCUGCCGGAAGACCUGCCCAAGUCUCUGGUUGACGGAGUGGUGCUGUGUCACUUGGCCAACCACAUUAGGCCCAGAGCGGUAGCUUCCAUACACGUACCGUCCCCCGCAGUGCCCAAGUUGACUCUGGCCAAAUGCAGGAAAAACGUGGAGAACUUCCUGGAAGCGUGUCGUCGGAUCGGAAUACCUGAGGCGGAGUGGCUGGAGCCCGACGACGUGGUGACGCUGUCGACGGAGCCGUGGGACGGACCGUGGACGCUGUUCCUCUUGUCGCGGAUCCUCGGCGACUUGCUGACCGUCGACGACGACGACUACGAGGAGGAGGAGGAGGAGGACACGACGUUUGACGUGGGCUUUGUCUCAGGUGGCGACGAUGUGGACGUGUCGGAGGACGUCUCACCGACGACGGAGGACUUUCCCUCCCACUACGACGUUGUUUUCAAGGAGGAGGAGGACGAGUCGAGGAAGUUUUUGCCAACGGUGAUGAUGUCGAUGAAGACGAGGGAAAGAGCCGUCAUGGCGCUAGGGGGUUGGACGGCCUGGGUGUUGAUCGCGUUCAUGAUUGCCGUCGCGUCCGUGGUGUUGGCUCGAGUGCCAGUGGACGACGAUGUCGACGAGAGUCACUUUAUGACGCAUGACGAAAAUACCAUUUGAUUUCAUUCAUUAACAUCAUUGUCCAAUGCUAGGCGGCAGUGAGGUUCUAUGAUGCCGUCUGGUCUAACGUGGGAAGGAGUCGUUUUAUUUUAUCUUGAUCUCGCUAGGACGUGGCGCUUUAAUGUGUGUGAAACAGUUUUCCGAAGAAGCUUGUCGUUGUAUUCUCGCUUGUGUGAUGAUGAUGCCGAAGAGGGUAGGGGAUUUUAUUCAGUAUGCGAAGUGUGGUGAUUCCGAACGAGUUUCAGAAGCUUUUUUUUUCUUCGAUUUUUGACUCGGAGAAACUGUGUAUAAAAGAUGGAAACAUUAUGUUGCAAGGAAGGCUGUCGUGUAAAUUAUUGUGGGAAGGACGAGUUGAACGCCUCUUUUUUUUUUCUUCUUCUUCAUGAGAUGCGAGUUGAGAGAGAUUUGGAUCAAAAUGAGUCGAGGCUUCGAAGAUUGCGUGUUUCGUUUGUGAUUUCGACGAGUCGAUAUGAAUAAAGGAGGAUCAGGGAGAGACUGGGAACUAGAAGACUUGUGCGUAUGUUUUCUCGUUUGCUUGCCUGUCUGUUGUGUUGGUCUCGUAGAUUUUCAUCUCUCACUCUCUCUGUCUCUUUUUUUUUUUUUUGGGUCGGUGCUCCUGAUUUAUUGAUCGACUGGAAAGGAAGAAUAAUAUCGUAGCAGGCUAGAUGUUUGGGUUGCGAUUGAUUUGACGUUUGAUUUUCGUGUCUCUUCCGCCUUGUCUCGUCGUUUCCGUUUCGUGUAUUGUCGUCACUCGUUUCCGUAGGACUGUUUGUGCACCGCGGGAGACAUUCUGGAGGCCAAGAACGUUGGGAGGCUCGCGGACUUGGUGGCUGCCCUGCUGCGAACUGCGCCGACCCCGAGGACUAGAAUCUGAUGAUGGACCGACCUUUCGAGUUGACAAACGUUGGAUCCAGGAAAGUCUCUCGCUAGUCGGAUUUAUUUUCGUUUACGUAUUCAUUUGUUCCCCUGCCUCUUUUCACGCAUUUCCGUUUCCAGUACUGUAAACACACACACACACACACAAACGACGGAAAAUGAAACUAUGGCGUCUAACGCAUUGUGCGUAAAUGUACUGUAAUGAAACGAAAGAUGAAGACGUUUUUCGUCAUCGUCAUGAUGAUGAUGUGGAUAUAGUUGGCUCCCGUUUCAAGUAGUUUUAAACUCGGUGAUGACACUUGCCUUUGGUUGGAGAAAAGAAAAGUGAGAAAAUUUUCGUGUGUGAACGUGUUGGGUGGCAUUCGAAGAAGCAUUUGGAAGGAAAACUUGCCUCGCUGUCCGUGCACGAGGGACGAAGCGCACGGAAUGGAAAAAUUGAUAUGAUUGUGGCACUUGAGUGCCCACAAUUGCUGAAAAAGGUCUUCGGAAAAGAGAUGAGAAAAAGUGCUCCCAUCGUCUAGUUUUGUUGUUGUUUUUUCGUCUUCUCAAAGACUUGUUACCCGAAUUGCGGACAUUUUUUUGCGAAACUGUUUGAUCAAAGACGUGGACUUUCGUGGCGUUGUUGCCUUCGUUUUUUUUUUUUUUUCUAACGAGUCCGCAGUGGAGAAUUCAAUUUUUUAUUAUGAUGAACUCGCUGUUGCUUCCAAGCUGCCGAUUGUCGGCGCUGUAUGUUUUGGCUGGCUGGCUGAAUUGAACGAUCUUUCUUCUUGAUUGGAUUGACAAGUCAACGUUGGCUUUUAUGGAGUCGCUUUCCGUGAGAUUCGUUGGAGGAAUACACGACCUUUCCUUUUCAUUGAGCCACUUUGGUGAACAUCACGAUGAUUGAUUGACUGGAUUACAAAUAACGAUCCCUGUAUUGAAGCU